AUGAUGGAUAAACCCAACUAUUUCCAAUCAUACAAUAAGGUAAUAGGAGCUACUGGAGAACAGCUUGCUCCCGGAGCAGUACCUCCACAUCCGGUACUUGCUCCGUCCAUCGCACCUGGUGGAAUUACUGGUGGACUCAAUGGGGGUAUUACGGGAGGAAUCACUGCUGGUAUUCCUGGUGGAAUUGCUGGUGGUAUUACUGGAAGUAUAACAGCUGGAGUUCCUGCUGCUAUUGCUGGAGGAGUUGGUAACGUAAAUGUCGCGUCAAUGGCCAGUAUAAUGCAAACACCUGGUUUUGCGAAUCUUGUGCAACAGGCAAUUCGAAAUCAGUUGGAGAAUCAGGCUGCUGCUCAACAACUAGCAGCAACUCAACAAUAUCAACUAAAUGGCGUUUCGGGUGCACAACAACUUCUUCUUACUUCACAACAAACAUUAGCUCAACCUAUCGUUAUUCCACCUCAACCUACAGUUCUUGUCAAUGGUGUCAGUGAAACUUUGAAAAAAGUAACGGAGUUGGCUCAUCGACAAUUUCAAUCAGGAAACUAUUCGGAUGCUGAAAAAUAUUGCAACUUGGUGUUUCAGAGUGAUCAACAGAAUUUACCCAUUUUACUUUUACUCUCUGCUAUCAACUUUCAAACAAAAAAUCUUGAAAAAUCCAUGCAGUACUCUAUGCUCGCUAUAAAAGUUAAUAACCAAUGUGCCGAAGCAUACAGCAAUCUUGGAAAUUAUUACAAAGAGAAAGGACAUCUAGCCGAAGCACUGGAAAACUAUAAGAUGGCUGUGAAACUGAAACCAGAGUUCAUCGAUGCAUAUAUCAAUCUAGCUGCUGCACUGGUUUCCGGUGGAGAUCUAGAACAAGCGGUCACAGCGUACUUUAAUGCUUUACAAAUUAAUCCAGAUUUGUACUGUGUGAGGAGUGAUCUCGGAAAUUUGUUGAAGGCAAUGGGAAGGUUGGAAGAGGCGAAGGUUUGUUAUUUGAAAGCAAUUGAAACUCAACCUCAAUUCGCUGUCGCUUGGUCAAAUCUUGGCUGUGUAUUCAAUAGUCAAGGAGAGAUUUGGUUAGCAAUUCAUCACUUUGAGAAGGCAGUCACACUGGAUCCGAACUUUCUCGACGCCUACAUUAACCUUGGAAAUGUUCUCAAGGAAGCCAGGAUUUUCGACAGAGCUGUUUCUGCAUACUUAAGAGCAUUGAAUUUAUCUGGAAAUCAUGCAGUUGUUCAUGGAAAUCUAGCAUGUGUCUACUACGAGCAAGGUUUGCUAGAUUUGGCAAUUGACACAUAUAAAAAAGCCAUCGAUUUGCAACCACAAUUCCCAGAUGCAUACUGUAAUCUUGCCAAUGCUCUGAAAGAGAGAGGAAGUGUAUCGGAAGCUGAAACAAUGUACAUGAAGGCGUUAGAGUUAUGUCCGACCCACGCGGAUUCGCAAAACAAUCUUGCAAACAUCAAACGUGAACAAGGAAAGAUUGAAGAUGCUACUCGAUUGUACCUGAAAGCUCUAGAAAUUUACCCAGAAUUUGCUGCUGCUCACUCUAAUCUUGCUUCAAUACUUCAGCAACAAGGAAAACUUCAAGAUGCUAUUCUCCAUUACAAAGAAGCCAUUCGGAUAUCACCGACAUUCGCUGAUGCCUAUUCAAAUAUGGGAAACACGUUGAAAGAAAUGGGAGAUAGCUCUGCUGCCAUAGCGUGUUACAAUCGAGCAAUUCAAAUCAAUCCAGCAUUCGCUGAUGCUCAUUCCAAUCUCGCCAGUAUUCAUAAAGACGCUGGAAACAUGGCUGAAGCGAUACAAAGUUAUUCGACCGCACUCAAACUGAAACCAGAAUUCCCAGAUGCGUUCUGUAAUCUCGCACACUGCCUUCAAAUUAUCUGCGAUUGGCAUGAUUAUGACAGAAGAGUACGGAAAUUGGUUCAAAUUGUGGAAGACCAACUCGGAAAGAAACGGCUACCGUCAGUCCAUCCACAUCAUUCAAUGCUUUAUCCAUUAUCACAUGCUACUCGAAUUGCAAUCGCUUCUAAACAUGCAUCGUUAUGUUUCGAUAAGGUUCAUGUUCAAAUGCUCGGGAAAACGCCGCUAAUUCAUGCUGACCGAUUCAGUAUCAAGAAAGGACAACGCCUUCGUAUUGGAUACGUGUCAUCUGAUUUCGGAAAUCACCCAACAUCUCAUUUGAUGCAGUCAAUUCCUGGAAUGCAUGACCGUAAUCGUGUUGAAGUAUUCUGUUAUGCUCUCUCUGUCAAUGAUGGUACCAAUUUCCGUUCAAAACUGAUGGCUGAAUCCGAACACUUUGUCGAUUUAUCACAAGUUCCAUGCAAUGGAAAAGCAGCCGAAAAGAUCGCCCAUGAUGGAAUUCAUAUUCUCAUCAAUAUGAAUGGAUACACAAAAGGUGCCAGAAAUGAGAUUUUUGCUCUCAGACCUGCUCCAAUACAAGUAAUGUGGCUCGGAUAUCCGUCGACUUCUGGAGCAACCUUCAUGGAUUACAUCAUUACUGACGCGGUAACAACUCCACUCCGAUUAGCAUGUGCAUUCACAGAGAAGCUCGCCUAUAUGCCACACACUUUCUUCAUUGGAGAUCACGCUCAGAUGCUCCGCCAUUUGACAGAAAAAGUUGUGGUGAAAGACAAAGAAGCAACUGAAAGAGAUUCAUGCCUUAUCAUGAACACAGCAAAUAUGGAUCCAAUUCUCGCUAAAUCAGAGAUCAAAGAACAAGUUUUGGAUACAGAAGUUGUCAGUGGACCAAACAAAGAACUUGUCAGAGCGGAAAUGGUUCUUCCUGUAUUAGAAGUGCCAACCGAGCCAAUUAAACAGAUGAUUAUGACCGGACAAAUGACAAUGAAUGUUAUGGAGGAUAUGAACGUACAAAACGGCCUGGGGCAGUCUCAAAUGCAUCACAAAGCAGCGACCGGUGAGGAAAUUCCAAAUUCAGUGCUUCUGACGUCGCGUGCUCAAUAUCAACUUCCUGACGAUGCUAUUGUGUUCUGUAAUUUCAAUCAACUCUACAAAAUAGAUCCAUCAACUCUUGACAUGUGGAUCAAGAUCCUCGAGAAUGUACCUAAGUCGAUUCUCUGGCUUCUCAGGUUCCCAUAUCAAGGAGAAGAGCACAUCAGAAAAUAUUGUGUUGAGAGAGGUCUUGAGCCAUCAAGAAUUGUUUUCAGUAAUGUCGCUGCAAAGGAAGAACAUGUUCGUCGUGGACAACUUGCUGAUGUAUGUCUAGACACUCCUCUAUGUAAUGGACACACAACGGGAAUGGAUAUUCUAUGGACUGGAACGCCAAUGGUCACAAUGCCAUUGGAAUCAUUGGCUUCUCGUGUUGCAACAUCCCAAUUGUAUGCUCUCGGAGUACCUGAGCUGGUCGCAAAAACAAAGGCUGAGUAUGUUGAUAUUGCUACCCGACUGGGAAAUGAUGCUGAUCAUUUGGCUGCUAUGCGUGCAAAAGUAUGGAUGGCACGUACCACGUCAACACUGUUCGACGUUAAACAAUAUUGUCAUGACAUGGAGGACCUUCUAGAUUUAAUGUGGAAGCGUUACGAAAGCGGAUUACCUGUUGACCAUAUCGAAAAUAAUACGGUGACACCUGUCGGACUAUGA